UCGAACUAUUCUUGUGUUAUUUAUGAUCAAAGUUUUAAAGUAUACUAUAAAAAUGGUGAUAUCAGCCAAGUGAUAAAAGUUAAAAUAAUUUUAUUCUAAGGGUGUACCAUUGAAAUAAAAAAAUUCACAGUUCAUUCUCAAAUACCUGACCAAUUUCUGAAAUAUUCUAUUUGAAUUAGAUAAUCAGUAGUCAAAGAUAAGUUUAUUAACUAAUAUUUGAUCAAGAGAACAUCAGGAAAGAGUGAUUUGUGUGGAGUUUAUGACAUUACAUUUUUUUCGAAAACAAUCAUAACCUACAUUGAAGAGAAGAAAAAUAUAUGAAGAACUAAAGAAAAGACAAUUUGAGAAACGUAUACAUCCAGAUUGCCUUUGAAAACGCUGGAAGAAAGUGCUCAUUUGACUGUUAAUUAUUAAAGAGUUUUCCUUUGGAUUUAUUCAAUAAAAUCAUUUUGAAUUCUCUUGGAAGCGAUCAAUUAAAAACAUAAAAGGAUGAAUGCUGAGAGCGGAUUUAAUCCUGGCUUGAACAUGGCCACAAUAAGACAAGCGAUUAACGAAACAAUCGAAAGGGUGAGAAUGCCAACUCCAACGCGUUUGCGUGAUCUUAUUCGACAAAUCAGAGCAGCAAAAACUCAAGCUGAAGAACGAGCUGUGGUGAAUCGAGAAUGCGCUUAUAUUCGAUCAACAUUCCGCGAGGAAGAUUCUGUGUGGCGAUGUCGGAAUAUCGCGAAACUCUUCUACAUUCACAUGCUAGGAUAUCCAGCGCAUUUCGGACAAUUGGAAUGCUUGAAACUUAUUGCAAGUCCGAAAUUUACUGAUAAAAGAAUCGGAUAUUUGGGUGCAAUGUUAUUACUCGAUGAGAGACAAGAUGUGCAUCUUUUAAUAACAAAUUGUUUGAAAAAUGACUUAAACAGUCCAACACAGUUUGUUGUUGGUCUUGCACUAUGUACUCUUGGAGCCAUCGCUUCACCUGAAAUGGCACGAGAUUUGGCUGGUGAAAUAGAAAAACUAAUGAAAUCACCAAAUGCUUAUAUUCGGAAGAAAGCCGUUCUUUGUGCUUUUCGAAUCAUUCGUCGUGUGCCUGAACUCAUGGAAAUUUUCUUGCCCGCAACUCGCUCGCUUUUGAAUGAAAAAAACCACGGAAUUCUUAUCACAGGCGUGACGUUGAUAACAGAAAUGUGUGAAAAUAGUCCCGAUACGUUGAAUCAUUUCAAAAAAAUCGUUCCAAAUCUUGUGAGAAUAUUAAAGAAUCUUAUUCUUGCUGGUUAUUCUCCUGAGCAUGAUGUUAGUGGUGUCUCUGACCCUUUCCUUCAAGUGAAAAUACUUCGACUUUUAAGAAUCUUAGGUCGUAAUGAUCCUGAUGCAUCGGAAGCGAUGAACGACAUACUUGCACAAGUUGCAACAAAUACGGAAACAAGUAAAAAUGUUGGGAAUACGAUUCUAUAUGAAACUGUGCUUACAAUUAUGGAUAUAAAAUCUGAAGGUGGAUUAAGAGUGCUCGCUGUUAAUAUUUUGGGACGUUUUUUGCUCAAUAAUGACAAAAAUAUUCGCUACAUUGCACUUCAUACUUUGUUACGAACUGUUCAUGUUGACAUAUCAGCUGUUCAACGUCAUCGAAGCACAAUUCUCGAGUGUUUAAAAGAUCCCGAUGUGACCAUUCGAAAGCGAGCAAUGGAAUUGUCAUUUGCUCUUGUUAACACACAAAACAUUCGUGCAAUGGCAAAGGAAUUGUUGAUUUUCUUGGAAAAAGCUGAUCCAGAGUUUAAAGCUCAAUGCAGUUCAAGCAUGGUGAACUCUGCUGAGCGUUAUGCACCAACAAUUCGUUGGCAUCUCGAUACGUUGCUCAAUAUUUUAAUUGCAGCUGGAAAUUAUGUUCGCGAUGAUGUUGUCUCAUCUACAAUUCAAAUUAUUUCAAGCAGUCCAUCAAACGAGCAAGGAGUUAUAACUGUUAAGCUUUGGGAAUCAAUUCAAGAGACUUUAGACAAUCAACCGCUGCUUCAAGUAGCUGUUUGGUGUAUUGGAGAAUUUGGUGACAGUUUAUUAUAUGGUGAUGAUCUUGAAUUUACUUUGGAACGUCCAACAGAAUCAAUUGUCAUUGAACUUUUCAAUAAACUUUUAUGUUCAAACCAAGUGAACAUGGUUAGUAAACAAUAUGCCUUAGUGUCGCUAACGAAGCUAAGCACAAGAUUAAAAGCUGGUCAAGGUGAAAUCAAAGGAAUUGUCGAAGCAUUUGGAUCACAUUUGAAUGUUGAUUUACAACAACGUGGUGUUGAGUUUUCGCAACUUUUUGGUUCUUAUAAUCAUCUGCGUACAUCAUUGCUUGAGAAAAUGCCUGCAAUGACGAUCACGAGAAUGAAUGGAAACACUGAAGGAAGUGGUGAAGUUGAACCAUCAAAUAUUAAAGUGACAGAUGAGAAGAGUUCAACAAAUGGAAGAUCGAAUACUGAUACGCUUCUUGAUUUACUUGGAUCAGGAGAUGAUAUUAUAAUGUCAACAACAUCAUCAGUUAUUCCAUCGAAUACCACAAAUACUGUUGAAAGCAACAACUUGCUUGAUCUUCUCGGAGACAUAGAUCUUUCAGCUUCGACAGCACCUGUAAUUGUCAGCAAUAACAACAACAAUUUAUUAUCAUCGCCUGUCACAAUGUCGAUCUUUGAUGACAAUGAAAAUACAAACAUUUCGGACGUAUCGGGAGUGUUUAGUUUGAAUGGUGACAGUAAUAUUCCUGAUAAUUUCGAUCUUGGACUUGAUGCGAUGCCUCAAUCACCACCAACAAAUGCAAAGAUUGUUACAGCGCUUGACAAAAAUGAUCUUUUUGUUCAACUUUCAAUGGUUAAUCAAAGUGAUUAUCAGCAGAUCAACAUGAUAACAACAAAUAAUUCGAAAGACACUCUGGAGCAAUAUUUAUUCCAAGCUGCAGUUCCUAAAAGCUUCCAACUCCAAAUGAUGUCGCCAUCAGGUUCAGUUUUACUUCCCGGUGGUAAAAUCACUCAAGAAAUGCGAGUUAAAAAUAAUUCAUCGAAUGCCGUCCUUCGAAUGAAACUAAGGAUUUCAUAUUUGUGCAAUGGAAAUCCUGUGCUUGAACAGUGUGAAGUGAGUGAGUUCGGCAAAUAAAAAAACUUCAGCAUCAAUCAAUAAGCAGAAAAACAUCCUCGUUCUUACUUAUUCCAUAUAAAAUUAUUUCUUUUAUUGAUUUAUUUCCGCUAAUAUUUUUAAUGAAAAUCAAAACCAUGUAGGAAUUUAUCACGUUUUUUUAAAAAGAUUCAUUGCUGUUAUUUGAUAAGCGAGUCUAAGACAAAUGUUGUUAUAAUUAUCAUGAGAAGCGAUGACAUAUAUUCUGUUCAGAGCAAAUAACAUCAACAACAAGACAUAAAAUAUUGUAUAAUUAAUUGUAUUUGAAACUUUUAAUCAUUUAUUUCUUGUACUUAAUUUGAUUAAAGUAGCACUUUUCUUUCUUUUAUUAAAAAAACUAGUAAAUGGUUUAAAUGAAAAUGAAAGAAGAAAUAAAAAGGAAAACUAAUUCAUAUUCAUAUUAUUCAAAGAACUUUGAAUUUUCUCAGUGCUUCCGGGUUUGACAAUGUCCUUCUUCUUCUUUAUCGUAUCAACGAUAGGUAGUGGCUUUUUCUUCUCUGUUACCAUAUUUAAAUGUAUGUUUUUAAGAAGUUGAUCUGAUUUUGCUUUAGUCUGGAAGUUUUGCUGUUUAAGUUUCUUCUUAAUUUCUUUUGUCUUCUUUUGUUUCUUUGCUGUUUUACUUGAUGACACGGCUUUGAAGAUAUGCUGAGUCUUUUCUUUCGAAUGCUGCUUAUUCUUCUCUUUACCGACGUUCUGUUUAUUUUUCUUCAUCACGAACACAUUUUCGUUUAGUUGGGACAAUAAUAUAAUCAUCAGACGAAUUUCUUAAAAUAUCAGAUGUAAGAAAAAGAUCAACUCGCAUCAUGUCUUUAUUUGGUGCGACAUUUCGAACGAAAGCAAUUUCUUUUAAGUUAACACCAUGUAUGAGCUUAAUUUUCAUAUGAUUUUCAACCAACUUUUCUGCCAUUAUUUUGUUUUUCGUAUCAUCGACGCCUUUAACAAAACAAUAACAAUGACAGAUGAGAGGUUGAAUCUUUUCAAAUCCUUUAUCAACAUCUUUUAGAAGUCCAACAAAUGAAUCAAGAAAUUCAACAGCCAUAGCAGGAAGAUUCAUUACUAUGUGAAUUGUUCGAUUGUCAACAUUCUCUUUUUCCAUUAGCUUCAAUAAAUGAUUUUUGACGUCUUCUUUUAUGAAAUCACGACCAUCUUUAUUGAAUGUUUGAACAUUUUGUAGAAACCUGUUUUUGCUGAUUUUUGUCUUAUUUUUAUUAACAUUAUGCUCAAGCCACUUAUAAGAUUCAGGAUUCAAAUCAUUUGCCAAAACAAUUACAUGUUUCUUUCCAGCUGGAACCGCAAAUGGUCCAACUCCCGCAAACACAUCAUAAACAAUGUCAUUUGGAUUCAGCAUAUUAACGAUUCGUUGAUGUUCCAUUGACAGUCUUGGAUUCCAGUAUACUUUUGAAAAAUCAAAUUCAAAUGUUAUGCCAUUCUCUUUGACUUGCACUUGAUAUUCUGGAACACCACACAAUAAUUCGAUUUGAAAGUUCCUAAAUGUUGUGUCGAUUGUCUGAGCUUUGUUAAUGACUGUUUUACAACCAACUGUUUUAUCCAUAUAUAUUUGAGCAAUUAUUGUUUUAAAUGGCAAUACAUGAUCUUUUAGAUUUAAAUGCAAAAUGUGACCGAUUCUUGAGUAUGAAGUCGGAAUUUCUAAACCUUCGGGGAUUAUUGCUUUGAUAAGAUCAUCGGCUUUCCAGUUCUCAUAUCCGAAAGACAUUUUCUCAAAACCAAAUGACGAUGAAUUAACGCCAAGACUUUCUAAAUUUGAGCAUGGUAAGUCUUCCCAUUUGCUGACAGUACCAGGAUUUAAAAAUAUUUUUUCAUUUGAUUUUGGACGAAAAUGAUCGAGUUUUAAGAAAUCCUUUUUCAAAUUCUUAACGAUUUGGUUCAUAUUUUCUUUUUUUAGGCCUCCUAUUUUAAUUGUUGGUAUUUCUGCAAUUAUAUUGAACCUUUCCUUGUCUAAUAUUUUAAGUCCGUAAACUUUUGGUGGAGCUAAUUCCAUUUUAUGUGAGUAAUUUUUACUAUUUUUAAAAAAGCUAAUCAACGUUUUGAAGAACCAAUGAUUUCUCAUUAG